AUGGCGGGUCAAUGGCGUGCGUUUCCACUGGUUUAUGCGUCUUGUAGCGACUCUAACGUGACGUUACAGGUCUCAUCCGAUGCGCGAGACGCUCUUCUUUCUAUGUGUACUAAACACAUUGGCAUUUUGGGCGUAUUUGGCCCUCCAGCAAGUGAAACACGGCUGUUACUCCGUACUCUGCUACAAUCUCAAGAUGUUGACAUUAGUACUGCUUCCAAGAGCAGAAAUGACGUCUUGUUAUGGCUAUAUAUAAGUCAAGAUCAAGUACAAGAAAAUGGUGAUAAAGUUCGUGUCGUUCUGGUCGCUGGAGCGUCACUUGAAGCUGAAGAACUAGAGAAUCAGAAGCUGGCACUAAUGCUGCUUCUCUCUUCUGUUCUUCUUUACAAUACUGAAGGAGAGAUAAAUGCCGAGUCAGUGGAGAAGCUACAGUGGGUGGAGAAAGUGUCUCGAGUUCUGAGAGUCAAGGAAAUGCAAGACGAAGACGCUGUCGCAAGUGAGUUCUCAUAUCAUGCACCAAAGUUUAUUUGGCUGGCCAGAAACUUCAAGAUGAAGUGGCUUAAAGACGCAGAAGGACAAAAGUUGAAGCCGAUGCAGUACUUCGAGCAACAUUUGGCUCCAGAAAAAGGUUAUGGAGAAGCUGCUACGUAUAGAAACAUGUUACGCAUGUACAUGGAGACGUACUUUCCAGUGAGAGAUUGUGUGACGUUAAGUCGUGCGGUGGAAGGUAAUGGGACGGAAAGUAUAGCACCUGAGACGAAUCGAAGUGAACUGCGUGCGCAAUUUGUCGAGGCACUAGAUAACUUGUAUGGAGAUUAUUUGUCGAGCAAUGAGCAACAUCUGCCGUCAAAAAAGCUGAUGGACUACAAGCUGCGCUCGGAUCAGUUUGUAAAGGUGCUCGACGCAUACGUGGAUGCAAUAAACGCAAGGCAGCUUCCGACGAUGCAGAAGGUUUUAAACACGCUGCUGGAGCAGGAGGUUGCUGAGACUUUUGCAAUGACGAAGCAAAAAUAUGAUGCAGAGAUGCUAGGAAUAACAGGCUUUAGGAAGGAAGACAACGAUAGAAAGGCCUGCAGUGAGCGAGACCUGCACCUCGCACAUUUCCGCGGUGUUGAGGCAGCCAUGACUUGUAUUCGUGAGGUGCGCUCGCGCCUACCAGGGAGGAUGCAAGCUACAUUGUUUUGUGAUAAGCUGUGUGAAUGGGAAGCACGAACGAAAGGCGACUUUCAGGCAACUCUAGAGCGUAACGCAACGUUAUCAACCGAACUCUGCACCGAAGUUUUUGAGCGCGUUCUGCCACGAAACCUUGAGGUGAUGGCCACAUUGCUCGGCGAAACACCACGAGAACAAUUUUCCGAUGAUUUGAUUCGACUUCUGACGCAGUAUAAGUCGGAUUUACGGAGUGCAGUCGACGAGUACGCAGAACAAAGCAAUGGGCCAGCUGUAGACACUUGUCUUGAGGAAGCUCUACUGAAGCCUAUCAGCGCCUCUAUACAGAAAUGGAGCACCAUAAUUUUACGGCAGUACAAAACUCACCUACGGAGCUGGAAGACCGAGAAAGAGCAGCUUGAUAGCGCGUACAAGCUUGCCACGGUGCACGAGACAGACACAAUUGCCUCUGCAAACGACCAAAAGCGCUCACGCGAGGCGCAAUUGGCGCAGGCGACGGAGCAGCUUUGUGAGGUGCGUCGUGCGCUCCACAGAGAGCUUAACAACAAAAAGAGUGAGCUAGAAGGUCUGACGACUGAGCUUUCGACCAUGGUUUUGAGGUACAAUGUCCGUGUAAAGAAUGCCGAGAGCGAUCUCGCUUGGGCUCGCAGUCGGACUGAGGAAUUGGAGAAGUCGGUGACCGCAAGUCGUCAGCGUAAGGAGGAAAAGUUAGCUGCUGCUAAGCAAGUUAUGGAGAAGCAACGCAGCUUUCGUCAAGAAGAGCGUUCGUUGCUUGUUCAGCAGAAGGAAAUGUUGGUACAGCUUGUGCAACUGGAACGUGAACUCGUGCAGAAGAGGACCAACCACGCGCAGAAGGUCUACGAGUUGCAAAACGAGCAUGCAAAGACCUUGGCGAGCAUACGGCUCCAGCAGGCCAAAUCACAACGUCAAUUGAAGUCUCAGGUGAAAAAAGAGAUAUGCCUCCUCAGACGCGCACAUGAAGCGAACAAGAAAACGAUUUUUGCGCAGAAUGCUGGCUUGGACAAAGAGAUGGCUGAAAUUCGGGAGAAACUAGCGGUGUAUGAGGCUGAAGAGGAGAUCGCCAGAGCUGCUGCCACUGCAAGCCGUAAUUUCUUCAAGUCAAUGCCGAUGAUGUCGUUACCACUGAUGCAAGCUCCUGUCGCAACUAUACGUCAACCUACGAAGCGAUCAAGCGAAACACCAAUGGUAAAGGAGUUUACGGCUCCAGCCCGAUUCAGCUCCUUAGAUGACACUUCCACAAGCUCGGCGAGUCCAACUGCUCGUGCUUAG